CCUACUGCCUGCUUGUACUCGAGCAUGCCAUCCAUGCCACCCCAUCCGUGCCAUGCCUUCCUACCCCAUGCCAUGCCAUGCCAAGCCAUCGCAUGCCAUGCCAUCUCAUCCCAUGCGUGCCACAUCCUUGAAACGGCCGCUCUGGUUGCAGUCCAGAGCACAGGCUACAGACCAGCUACUUCCGGUAAAGCCCACCCCCACCCUGGGUAACCCCACGUUUUUUUGGUACCCCCCUCCCCCCCUCCCCCCCCUCCUCCCAAUCAUUUUGGUAACAACCCCCCCCACAUUUUCUGGUAGUUCUCGUUCCCCUGGUCUGUGCCCUGGGUGUUGCUGCUGCAACCGUGGACCUUGCUCUCAGCUUUGUAAGUUCUGCAAAUCAUUACCACCACCCGUGGCCCCUUCCAUCAUGCUGCAUUUCACUCGUUGCGUUGCUUCACUCUAGCCUCGCUUUCAGUCCCCUUUGCUGCACGCUGACUCUCGCUGUAUGUGCAUUGCAGGUGGAGGGGAGGGACGUGGGGCCCGCACCGAGGCGACGCCCCCCCGCGCCCCUCCCCUGUGGCCGUGCAGUGCAGGUACCCUCCUCUGCAGUGCCUGAAGUGGCUGCUGUGGUGGUAGUGGCUGCUGCUGCUGCUGCAGUCUCUGCUGUGAGCGCUGCUUAAAUUGCAGGCAGCAGAGGCUACUGCAGGUACCCUCCUCUGCAGUGGCUGGAGUGGCUGCUGUGGUGGUAGCGGUGCUGCUGCUGCUGUUACCACUGAGCGCAGCAGCGCCACAGACAGCCCCCGUAAAUGAUCACGUAAUUACCGUUCACACACACCCGCCUUUUCCUUGUUUCACUGCUUGCCCUCACACACUCACUCACACGUACGCUCACACACACACACACACUCUCACACAUACACGCACACUCACACACACACUACACACACUGACACAUACACUGGGCGCGUGCACGCGCGCCUCAUCAUUCCAUCCACGCUGCUUGCCUCCUCUCUUGAAGCCCAAACCACUGGCAGCAGCCCAGCCCACAUGGUGCAGACCCCCUAUUGCAGGUAUCCCCCCCCCCACAGCCCCCAGGUUAAGCCUACCAGUAAACCCUUUACACUUAUUGUAUACCCCCCUCUUGAUGCAUACACCCCUUGGGUCUGCACCGUGUGCCUAGUGCUGCUCCAGUGGUCCCUCUGCUGCUAUCUCCCACCACCCCUCCCCACCCAUCCACACCCAUCCACACCCAUCAACUGCUCUACAGUUUUUCCCUUGCGGGCUGAGGGGAGGGGUGUGGGGGUCAACACCGCCACUACCCUGCACUCCUCCCCUUGUGGCCGUGCUGGGCGUCCAGCAGCGAAGGGAGAGUAUGGGGUGGGGCAAGGGUCCAUGCAAACAGGUGCGCCCCGUUCCUACCCCAUUCCUCGUCUUCCUUGCACCUUUUUCAAAGGCCUCAAGCAUUCAAGCUGUCCAAGCAUUUCGUUUGCUCCGACUUGUUUCAUCUCGUGUGGCUCCCUGCAGCUCCCUGCUUGUUAUUCCCGUGCCUCUCCCGUGUGCUUGACUUUCCUGCAUCUCUCCCAGUUCAUUCGGCCGUUAAUCUCCUUCCCCCCCAACCCUCUUCCCCCUUGACUUCCCCCUUGCAGGUCACUCGGCAGCAGCAGCAGCAGCAGCAGCAGCAGCAGGCAUUCAAGACAGCAGCAACUAGAAGCAGAGGGGGGGCAGCAGCAGCAGAAGCAGCAGCUGGGGCAGCGGCUAGCUAGCUAGAGGGCAGGAUAGGUAGGGCGUGAAUAGGUGGGGCAGGAUAGGUAGGGCGUGAGGAGUGAGCGAGGUAAGGCACCAGGUAAGGUAAGGUCUGAUGCUGCAUCGUACCAGCCUCUCCUUCCGUUCUCCCCCUCUCCUCAGCUUCUGACGUGGCAAGGACUCCUGGAGGAGCGAGAGGAGGGCUAGGCGCCUCUUGGUUUCAUCCCCCCCCCUCUUCCCCUUCCCCAGCAACUUCUGGAGAAGCAAGAGGAGGAGCAAGAGGAGGAGCAAGGCGCCACUUGAUGUCACUCCCCCCCCACCCCCUUCCCCUCCCCUUCCCCUUCCCUCCCCUUCCCUCGCCAGCCCCAAGGAGUGAGCUCCUGGAUGACAGUUGGACCGGAGUCCACCCACUCACCAACCCCCCCUCCCCCCCAGCGGCGUCUCUCCUCAUGGUGCUCUGCAUCUCAUUGGUAAGUGGAUAUAAGGAGGUGGGGAGGCAAAAGGGGGGAAGAGAGGGGAGGGGUAAGGGGUGGGGUGGGAGGCACGGGAGCAGCAAGCAGUUCACUCCGUGGGGGGCAGCAGGCAGGCUGGUGAGUGCGUUGCUGGUGGGGGUGCGGCUGGUGGAACUAGCGUGGGGAGGCAGUCGGUGCUCCAGGUCCGAACCUGCGCCGUUAAAGCACAAUAGGCCCUGCCACAGCCGUGCCAGCCGGCUGUGGUUCGGGCAAGCUCAUGCUACGGCAGGGGGUGGAUUGGAGCCUUGAGCCAGAAACGCUUUUCCACCGCCGCUCCCCUCACUGCAAGGCACAGCCGCUUGGGUGGUGCUUCCGAAAC